AUUUAAAGAGCAUCGAGUGUUCGUCUCAUGCAAUAGGUGACAAACUGUUGGCAAGAGGCUAACCGGAAGAAGUUACUCCCAGAAUGGCGGUGUGGGGCUGGCAGGGGCCGACCAGAUAGGGUCCCCGCCAUCGGGUUGCCCGCCCAAGGUCUGUGCAUGGCAGAAAUGAUGUGCCCCGCCAAGUGAGUCAAAACCCCUCCAUCUCGACUCAAAAGCCUUCAGUCCCCUGAAUUUUGGCCCGCGGAUACUUCUGCCACAAAGGUCACGGAAAUCAGAUCGUGUGGACAAGAUGAGCAUCAAUUUCUCCAAGACAGAGGAGGAGACCCUCCGCUACUGGCGGGAGAUCGAUGCUUUCCAAACACAGCUUCGCCUGACGGAAGGGUCCGAAAACUUCACAUUCUAUGAUGGCCCCCCCUUCGCAACCGGCCUACCCCACUACGGGCACCUACUCACCUCCACCAUCAAAGAUAUUAUACCACGAUACUGGUCUAUGAAAGGCUACCAUGUCAUCCGCCGCUUUGGGUGGGAUACGCACGGUGUGCCUGUAGAAUUCGAGAUCGACAAAAAGCUGGGGAUCUCUGGCCGAGAUGCUGUCCUGAAGAUGGGUAUCGACAAGUAUAACGCCGAGUGCCGAGCCAUUGUAAUGAGGUACGCAGGUGAAUGGAGGGAGAUCAUUGAGCGUCUGGGUCGCUGGAUCGACUUCGACAAUGACUACAAGUCCAUGGACACUACCUUCAUGGAAUCUUGCUGGUGGGUAUUCAAACAGCUCUUCGAGAAGGACCAGGUCUACCGAGCCUACCAGAUCAUGCCCUUCUCGACGGCGCUAUGUACACCACUCAGCCAAAUGGAGUCGAAAGAAAACGAGAAAAUGACCCAGGACCCUUCGAUCUUGGUUUCGUUUCCCGUGUUGGAGCAGCCCGACUUUGCCAACACCUCCUUGGUCAUCUACACAACAACCCCCUGGACUCUGCCGUCCAACCUCCUCAUUGCCGCCCAUCCCGAUUUCGAGUACAUGGUGAUCCUCGACGAGAAGUCCGGUAACCAGUACAUCCUCCUGGAGGUCGGACUUUCGAUGCUUUACAAAGACCCGAAAAAGGCAAAGUACAAGGUCAUCAAGAAGGUCAAGGGCAAGGACAUGAUUGGCUGGCAGUAUAAGCCUCUGUUCCCAUACUUUGCUGAGAAGUUCUCCGAUUGUUUCCGUGUCAUUGGGGCAGACUAUGUCGAGGCGGAGGAGGGCACAGGCCUCGUCCAUCAGGCGCCAGCCUUCGGUCAGGAGGAUUACGAUGCAGCAGUCGCCGCGGGUUAUAUCUCUCCGAAGCGCCUGCCGCCAUGCCCUGUUGACGAGAAGGGCCAAUUUACUUCGGAGAUUUCGGACUACGCCGGCCAGCAUGUGAAGACAGCGGACAAGGCCAUUCUCAAGGACCUGAGGCUCACAGGCCGUCUGCUAGUCGAAAGCCAAGUCACCCACGUGGACAAGUUCUGCUGGCGGUCCGAUACUCAGCUUAUCAGGAAGGCCGUCUCGUCCUGGUUCAUUCGAGUGGCAAGUUCGAGAGAGGAUAUCCUCCAAAACCUUGAGGCUACCAAUUGGGUCCCACAGUUUGUCAGGGACAAGCGCUUCGCCAACUGGGUUUCCAACGCCCAUGAUUGGAAUGUGUCCCGGAACCGUUACUGGGGGACUCCGCUUCCGCUCUGGGUUAGCGAGGACUACGAAGAGGUCAUCUGUGUGGGAAGCAUUGAGGAGCUGAGGGAGCUCAGUGGCUUCGAGGGCUCCCUGGAUGAUAUCCACAGGGAGAAGAUUGACGGGAUAACAAUCCCGUCCAGGAAAGGGAAGGGAGUCCUUCGACGUGUGGACGAGGUCUUUGACUGCUGGUUUGAGUCGGGCAGUAUGCCGUACGCGUCCAACCACUACCCAUUCGAAAACGCGGAUGCUUUCCAGAAAGGUCGCUUCCCUGCGGACUUCAUUGCCGAGGGCUUGGAUCAGACUCGUGGCUGGUUUUACACGCUGUCCGUCCUCGGAAACCACCUCUUCGGGACGUCGCCCUUCAAGAAUUGUAUUGUCAACGGACUCGUGCUCGCAGAAGAUGGCAAGAAGAUGUCCAAGAGCCUCAAGAACUACCCGGACCCCAGUGCCGUCAUCAACUUGCACGGAUCUGAUGCUCUCCGUCUCUACCUCAUCAACUCCCCGGUUGUCAGAGCAGAGCCGAUGAGGUUCAAGGAAUCUGGAGUCAAGGAGGUAGUAUCCAAAGUCCUCCUUCCCCUGUGGAACAGCUAUCGUUUCUUCUACGAACAAGCAAACCUUUUCAAGAAGAUUACCGGCAACGACUUCGUUGCUCAGUCUCUAGCAUCGGACAAGGGCGUAAGCAACGUCAUGGACCGGUGGAUUCUUGCGGACUGCCAGAGCAUGUUGCGCUUCAUCAACGAAGAGAUGAACGGCUACCGUCUCUAUACUGUCGUCCCACGACUGCUCCAGGUCAUCGAUAACCUCACCAAUUGGUACAUUCGCUUCAACCGCAAGAGGAUCAAGGGAGCUGCGGGGCUUGGGAUUGAGGACACGAACGAAGCAUUGAGCACCCUUUGCCAGGUGCUUUUCACGCUGGUCCGGGCUCUUGCGCCGUUCAUGCCGUUCAUAACCGAACACAUCUACGGCCUUUUGACGCCGUACCUUGGCGACGCGCUUGCGGAAUUCAAGAACACGCAGAGCGUCCACUUCCUCUCGUUCCCGACCGUGCAGGAGAACCUCUUUGACGAAGUUAUCGAACGGAAGGUUUCCGCCAUGCAGGCCGUUAUCCAGCUCGGGAGAACUACGAGAGAGCGCAAGAAUAUCGCCCUGAAGACUCCCUUGCUUUCCAUGGUGGUCAUCGCAGACACCGAGUUCCUCGCUGAUGUGGAGUCGUUGCUGUCCUACGUGAAGGAUGAGCUCAAUGUCCGGGACGUCAUCCUGACUACCGACGAAGAGAAAUACAAUAUCGUCCUCGAAGCUCGGGUUGACUGGCCAACGCUCGGCAAGAAGCUCAAGAAGAACGUCCAGGUCGUCCGCAAGGCUCUUCCAAGCCUGAAGCAGGAGGAGCUCAAGCAAUACUUGCGCGAAAGGAAGCUGACCGUUGGUGGCAUCGAGCUAGAGGGAGAUGAUCUGACCAUUGUGCGUAUCCUGGGGCAGGACACCCCCGGCUCCUCGGAUAAAGAAGGCCCCCAGUACGAACCGUCUUUCUCAAGGGACGUCAUUACCUUGCUUGAUACAGCGUCGCACCCGGAGCUGGUGGAUGAGGGGCUGACCCGCGACUUGAUCAACCGGGUACAGAGGAUGCGGAAGAAGGCUGGCCUGGUGACGACGGACGAUAUCCACAUGCAGUACAGCGUCGUGUCCAACCCGGACAAUGUCGACCUGGAUGGGGUGAUCUCCUCUCGACAGGAUGCCUUUGUGACUACGUUGCGUGGGAAGCUGGAACCGCUUCUGCCUGACGGGCCCGAGAGUAGAGCUGCUAUUUUGGAAGAAGAGCACACUAUUGGCAAUUUAACCCUGUUGCUGAAGCUUGCUCAUCUCUGAGCACAGGCUUCUCCUGCUGCAGAUACGGAUAGAGUUGGGUGGAAUUGUUGGCGUUGUCGUUAUAGCCGUAUAUGCAGGGGGGUUCAAAAGAGGUUCAAAAGAAAACCACACGGAGCUGAAUAGUGGCAUUCAUAAACGAACAUCCAAAGUCCUUGCAUUGUCUGACAUGUGAAGUACAAGGGGCUCUCUCUUAGCGCGUACGCCGAAUCAAGGUGGAACGCAACAAUAGGCCCCCAUCGGGAUGUAUUCUGUAGGUAAGCUCGGAGCGGAAUGGGUCUCCCUGUAGAUUUGAAUACGAAGGUUUCAUUGGUGCUUGAACGU